ACUAUAGAUGGCGUUACAAAGCUCGACAGAUGUUAGGGCUGAUUUUGUAACGAAAGAAUAAUUUUUUUCCUAGGUAGCAGCUAUGUCAAGUGAAUUAAAAUGUUUAGCUUCUCUUAGGGACGUUGAUCUUAUAAAAAAGUAUCUCUUUAUUGAAGAUCAACACUCUCUAAAGAAAGAAGAUGACGCAAACGUUGGGGAUUGGAAUGACGCAGACUGGGGUUGGGACAACGAAGAUGUUAAGAUGACGACUGAGAAAGAGACAGAAAACUUAAUUAAGGACAAAGAUGAUAAUUGGCUCGAUCAAUGCUUGUUUACAACAGCACCUAACGCGCAGAUGAUAGCUUUUGCGAAGAAAAAGCAAUUAGUACUUCUAUCACAAAAAUACAACGCAGAAGAUAGAAAGGGAACCGAAGCAAAAUAUUCAUUAGUGUUUGAAGGAUGCGUAACAGAAGAAGAAGGCGAGGAAAUAACAUGUCUAUUCUGUCUGCCCUUUGCAUCGUUAAAGAGAAGCACAUACGUAGGACCUGAUUGGACUUGCGUAAUUGUUGGUUUUAGUACAGGAUACGUUCGAUUCUAUACAGAAACUGGAAUUAUUCUUUUAUCCCAAAUAUUUUGCGAUGUUGCUGUAAGGCGUAUAAAAUGUAGGACUUUCGAGCCACGUUUUCAUGAAUUUGAUACAGAAAAGCACGAAGAACUUACUAUUUUAUAUAGGAAAAACCUCAUUUCAAUAGACGGAUUCAGUCUUUAUCAAUCGUUAAGAGCCUGCAGAAGUAGUGCUGCACGAUCUGAAAAUGUCUCACCUCCACCAUUAUCAUAUAAGAAGUGGAACUUUACGGAUCAAGCCGUUAUCACAGAUUAUGUUGCCUGCGGAUUAUAUUCCCCUUCAGCCUAUUCACAAAUGUCGCUCGCUUCACUGAUAGGAGGUUUUAACGUAUCUAUCCAACCAACACCUCCUUCUUCAUACAAAUACAUAUGUACGGGUUCUAUGCCUUACGCGGCCUUUUACUAUGCAAUUGAGGGCAGUACUCCACCGCUAUUAUCUGACGUCGUUCACGCUGUUGGUAGUAAAUUAAAAAGUGCCUUUUAUAGUCAAAUAUCGGCAGCUAGUGGCUGGUUGGGUUUUUCGUCGAAGCAGGACUCAUCUAAAGAAAGAAAGAAACCUAAAAUCGAGCCAGCCGUUUCUCUAGCCGCCAGAUUUGGUUUACCAGACAAACGUCGAAUUGGCGAAAGUAUCGUUUUGUCACCUGACGGUCGAUUAGCCGCUACAACGGAUUGCUUCGGUAGAGUGAUGAUUAUUGAUGCAAAUCAGGGCUAUGCAUUAAGGAUUUGGAAGGGCUACAGAGAUGCUCAAAUUGCAUGGAUAUGUGUUAAGCAGGACGUUUCGUCUAAUGAAGAUAAAUCAUUAAAGCGUACUCUCUUCUUGACAAUAUUAGCGCCCAGGAGAGGAAUCCUUGAAAUAUGGUCAGCUGUUCAUGGACCUCGCGUUGCGGCGUUCAACGUAUCAAAAACCUGCAAAUUAGUGUCAAUUGACUAUGAUAUGUUGGGAAUGAAUAAUACAACUUAUGUAGAUAUGAAUUGGCCUAAAGCUUUCUUAAUAGACGUUGACGGCACGGUGAAAACUCUAAUCGUUCCAUUCCAUUUAUCAUUAAGUGGAGGAAACAGCAGAAGGGUUAAAGAUUUACACUUGUUAAAGAAAUUGAAAUUUACACUCAAGGAUAACGUCUCAUCAACGGACGAACUUAUUAAUAGCGUAAGCGAGAUGCUAAAAGACAUUAAAACUGCAAAUAUUAAACAGCAAGCAUUGGAGAGAAUUAUGUUAACUGGCUAUUUAUCAUCCGAAUUUAUUAAACUUUGUUUGAAAAAUUGCAAAGAUGAAUUAGAAGCUAUGGAAGAGAAUUUGGAAGGAAAUGAUAAAUCGGAAGAUGACGACAGGCAUUUAUUAGAUUAUGAGAAUCAAUUAUUGCAACAAUUCUGCAUAUUAAGUACACAAUUGGUUGAAACUUAUGAAGAUAUGUCAAACACAUCUUCAAUUAGAUCGGAAAUGAUAGUGGAAACAAAAGAAGAUUACGAAGAAAUUGCAAAGUUGUUAUAUUUAACAAAAGAAGAAUUUAAAAGACUUCAAGAUGAUCUUAAAUUAAUUGAUCAAUCCCACGGAGCUAAUAGAGUGCAAUUUUCAGAGAAGAGUUUAUUUAAGUCAACAGUUGACUUUCUUAAGUGCUUUCAUUGUGUUCUAAAAAGCGAAGGAGAAGAUAGAACUAAAUCCGAAUUGGCAAUAGCUUUACACGAAAGCAUAACGGAUGACAGGAAAUAUAAUCUAAGUCGUUUUCUAUUUGGUCAAUUUCUAAAAGGACCUGUGCCGUCCAAUUAUAAUGUUCUACUUAUGCAGAGUGGUAUACCAUCCGAUAUUCUACUUAAUCUAUUAUUAGAAACUUGGUUACACGACAAUAAUUUAAACUUAAUGAAUUCUAAAAAUUUAUUUAUACUUUUAAAAUGUGUUACAAACUUAACAGAUAAAAAUUAUUUAAAAACUAAAGAAAAUGGUGAAAUAGACUUUUGGAAAAAAGUACGAAGUCUUCUUAGCUCUUCUUCAAAUUGUCCUUCGGCUCUCGUUGCUACAAUUGUAUCUAGAGCAGUUGCUUUUGAAUAUCUAGCACGUGAAGCGAAAGGAGAUAAUACUACAGAAGACGACUAUAGGCUGGAAGGAGAUUGGGAAGCCGUUACUGUUGAACAGGCAAGAUGGGGUACAAUAACGAAACAAUUAGAAGAUUUACUGGCUGUUCAACAGCUAUUCGCAUCGAAACUCCAGAGUGAAGUAUCCAUAUCCGUUGAUAAAGUUUUAGAAGGUGGUAAAGGAAGUCUUGCCGAAAUUGUAUCAAAGUGGAUUUGUUAUAAUGAUAUAUCUGUUUCAACACUCUCUAAACCUAUAAAACAAGAGGAAAACGAAGAUAACGAAAAUAAGGAAGAAAGUGUAGAAGCUAAUGAUUUUGAGGAAAAAUUCAAUCAAAUUCUAAGAGAUCGUCUAGAUGAAGCGAAAAGACGAUUGGGUACAAGCUUAGACGACGAUAUAUUGUUCGCAAAUUGCGCUUGGGAAUACGCAACACAAUGGUCGAAGGAUACCGAAGUUGUUGAUCGUAUACAAAAAUCGAUUGAAUUUUUAGAGAAAGUAGAGAAUAUCGACUUACAACACGGCGUAGCCGUUCUUAUGUGGGAUAUGUUCUUUGUUAAGAAAUUAUCAGCUGCAUGCUAUCUUGUUGAGAAAGUUGGUAAAGCACCAAAAGAAAGAUUAUGUAGAAAAGAUAUUGGUAUGAGUAACGGAGCUGUAUGCGAAUACUUGAAAUCAGUUCUUUCAUUAUUAAAAUUGCUCAGUAAUACAAAGAGAGUUGGAGAAACGGGAGCAUCUGUUUCGAUAUUACGAUCGUUGUCCUGCGAUGAAAAUGUCUGGAAUUCGCAAAGGGAAAAUAAAUCUUCAUUAGUCGAAUUAUCAUUAAAGCUAAGAGAUGUCACAUCGGCUAUAUUGAAACACCAUUGCCAAUUGGUUCUUCUACUCUCAGCUGUUUUUGAACUUUCUUUAAAAUCUGUGCAACCCUUGAGUUUAUUUGAUAAUAAGGGAAGAGCAGCAUUCUUUAAACCUCUUAACUCAACUGCAUCACUGCCUACCGAUAUUGAAGAGACUAUUCAAGCUAGCAGAAGACAAUUUAUAUCAAAGAUUGUUACUCAUAGCGUACUAAAGCUGGGUCUAAGAGAUGAUACACCAACCGAAGAGGAUGAAGAUACUUAUAAAAAAUGGACUUUGAUUGCUCUUGACCUAACUGAAGAAUUGUUAGGUUCGAGUGACUCAAUCGUCAGGCAUCAUAUUGUACAAAUGUUAUCUUCCGGUUUCGAUGAAAAAGCUAUAGAGAUGCUAGAAACUUUGGAAGAUUAUUCGGUUAUCGGGUCCCAAAUUAUAUUAAUAGCUGGUCAAAGACUUGCCCACUAUAUCUAUAAUUGCGAUAGUUCCCUUAGCGUACAAAGAAUAGCCAAUUGUUCACCCUACGAGAGUUAUGAGCCAAAGGCUAGGAAACAACCAAGAAGAUUGACAAAUGAAAGACGAGAGCUCGAACGUUCAAGGGCUAGACGAACUCCUAGAAGUGUUCGUAGUGAAGCUGGGCAUUCUAGCAGUGAUGGAGAUAUAGAAAUAAUUGAACAACCGCAAAACUCUCAAACUAGUGAAAUACCUCAAGCCAACACUCAAACAAAUACGCCUAUAAUAAUAGAUGAUGAGAUCUUGGAAGAAAAUCCUUCAAAUAACUUAUAUAAUUAUCAUCGGGAGAAUGCAACAACUUCAAACUCUAACUAUAUGCAAAAUUACGCUUUGUUAUCGCAAAAUCAAAUGAACGGUCUACAAUCUGUUGCUGAAAAUUAUACAAGAAGAUUAUUAGCUAUUGAUGAUGAUAGUGAUGAUGAUGAUACUGAUGAAGAUAAUAUUGUUAGCGAUAAUAGAGUAACGGAAUUAGUACCAUUGCCGCCUUCAGAUUUUUUUUCAUAA